AUGGAGGCUAAGACCGUGCAGGAGUUCGAGCUCACGUGGGUCGUGUACGACCCGACGGACCCGCUGGGCGCCACGCUAGCGCUCUUCACGCUGUCCCCCAUCUUUUUGGUGAUUGUGUACCUCACCGUCGUGACCUCGCAGCGGGACCUGGACAGCAUCAGCAUGCUCGUGGGGCAGUUGAUCAGCGUCGUGUUCAACAAGGUGCUGAAGAAGCUCAUCAACCAACCGCGACCGGAGGGCGCGUACAUGGCCGGACCGGGCAUGCCGUCCGCGCACUCCCAGUUCAUGGGAUUCUUUGCAGCCUACACGGUGAUCUACACGUGGAAGAGGAUCAACUUGCGCCGACGACUGGAGCAGUGGUUCACUAUCCUCAGCGUUGUAGCCAUCUCCGUCUUGACGUGCUACUCGCGUAUCCACCUGAACUACCACUCCACCGACCAAGUGCUUGUCGGUGCCGGUGUCGGUGUGCUCACUGGUGUGGCUUGGUACAUUUUCGUCGCCUUGGUCUCUCCGUGGCUGUUCCCGGUGGUGGCCGAGUCGCGCCUCGCCAAGUUUUUUUACGUGCGUGAUGUCUCGCACAUUCCCGACCUGACGGUCUACCAACACGAAACCUGCAACAAGGCUGCUGCUUCUCCUAAGAAGAAGUCUCAGUAGCUGCAGGGAGCUCCUUCGCACGCACG